UAUAGUAUUUGGUAAAUUUGGGUGUGGAAAUAGUAAAGUUUAGGACAAAAUCCAAACAGAGCGGGACAAAGCAUAUAACUGUAAAACAAAAGCUCCAGUCGAGCAAUUAACAUGCUAACACGACGUCGUUUCACGUGGACUGAAAAUUUGACAUCGGAGACAAAAGCAAUCGGAGAAGAAGAAAGAACGAAGCAAAAAAAAUAAAUAAAUGGUGCACAGUGCGUACGAUUCCUUCGAACUCCUCAAUAAUUGUGCCACAAAAAUCGAUGCUAUCGAAUCAUACGGCUCAAAUUUGCUCGUCGCUUGUUCCGAUGGAUCUCUCCGUGUUUACGGUCCUGAAUCCUCCGUUUCCGGUCAAUCUCCGCCAUCCGAUUAUCACAACCAGAAUUUAGGGCUUCAGCAAGAGCGAUAUGUGCUUGAAAGAACUGUGAAUGGAUUCUCCAGACGACAAAUGCUGUCCAUGGAAGUCCUUGUCUCACGAGAACUUCUGCUUUCUCUCUCCGAGUCCAUUGCAUUCCAUCGGUUGCCUAAUUUGGAGACUUUAGCUGUGAUUACUAAGGCUAAAGGUGCUAAUGUGUAUUCGUGGGAUGAUAAAAGAGGGUUUUUAUGCUUUGGGAGGCAAAAGAGGGUUUGUAUCUUCAGACACGAUGGGGGGAGGGGUUUUGUGGAGGUGAAGGAAUUUGGAGUUCCUGAUACAGUCAAGUCGAUGUCUUGGUGUGGUGAGAAUAUUUGCUUGGGGAUUAGAAGAGAGUACAUGAUAUUGAAUACCACCAAUGGUGCGUUGUCUGAAGUGUUUCCUUCAGGGAGGAUCGCCGCACCUCUUGUGGUGUCUCUUCCCUCUGGAGAACUUCUUUUGGGCAAGGAUAAUAUUGGUGUCUUAGUAGACCAAAAUGGGAAGUUGAUCCAAGAUGGGAGGGUUUGUUGGUCAGAGGCUCCUGCAAUUGUUGUUGUUCAGAAGCCCUACACAAUAGGUCUUUUACCGCGACAUGUUGAGAUACGUUCUCUUCGUGUUCCUUAUCCUUUGAUUCAAACAGUUGUCCUUCGGAAUGUUCGCCGUCUUGUUCAAAGCAACAAUGCUGUUAUUGUUGCUCUUGAUUAUUCUGUUUUUGGAUUAUUUCCUGUUCCUCUCGGUGCACAGAUUGUACAACUAACAGCAUCUGGAAACUUUGAGGAGGCCUUGGCUUUGUGCAAAUUGCUACCUCCAGAAGAUUCAAGUCUUAGAUCUGCAAAGGAGCAAUCAAUUCAUAUAAGAUAUGCACACUUUCUGUUUGAAAAUGGGAGCUAUGAAGAAGCAAUGGAACAUUUUCUGGCAUCUCAAGUUGAACUCACUUAUGUGCUCGCCUUAUAUCCAUCCAUUAUUGUUCCAAAAUCAUCUUUCAUACCUGAACCACAGAAAUUUGUGGAUGUUGGGGAUGCACCAUAUCUCUCCCGAGCUUCCUCUGGUCUGUCAGAUGAUCUGGAUUCUAAGCCUUCAAAUGUCUUAGAAUCUGAUGAAAUGGAUAUAGAAUCCAAAAAAAUGAGUCACAACACUUUGAUGGCUCUGAUUAAGUAUUUACAGAAGAAGAGAUACAGUGUUAUUGAGAAAGCCACAGCUGAGGGAACUGAAGAGGUGGUUUCAGAUGCUGUUGGAGAUAAUUUCAUUUCUUAUGGAACUAGCCGGUCCAAAAAACCAACCAAGGGCAGAAUUCAUGCUCCAAUCACUUCCAUUGCUAGGGAUAUGGCUGCAAUACUGGACACUGCACUUCUUCAAGCUCUCAUAUUAACUGGACAGUCCUCAGUGGCCACAGAUUUUCUGAAAGCCCUCAACUACUGUGAUGUGAAAAUAUGCGAGGAGUUCCUGCAAAAAAAAAGGCAGUAUGCUUGUCUUCUAGAACUUUAUAGGAGCAAUUCAAUGCAUCGUGAAGCACUUAAACUUCUUCAUCAAUUGGUAGAAGAGUCCAAGUCAGAGCAAACUCCUGUAGAGCUCUCAUUGAAGUUCAAGCCUGAUAUGAUCAUUGAAUAUCUCAAACCCCUUUGUGCAACUGACCCCAUGCUUGUCCUGGAGUUCUCAUUGCCUGUUCUUGAAAGCUGUCCUUUGCAAACCAUUGAGCUAUUCUUGUCUGGUAACAUUCCAGCGGACUUGGUGAAUUCUUACUUAAAACAGCAUGCUCCAAACAUGCAGGCAACAUAUCUGGAACUCAUGAUUGCCAUGAAUGAAAAUAGCAUCUCCGGGAAUCUGCAGAAUGAAAUGGUGCAAAUUUAUCUCUCAGAAGUGAUUGAUUUAUAUGCUGAACUUAGUUCCCAGCAAAAAUGGGAUGAAAAAACAUGUUCUCCGACAAGGAAAAAGCUUUUGUCUGCUUUGGAGAGUAUAUCCGGAUAUAAUCCGGAGGUGUUACUGAAGAGACUUCCACCAGAUGCUCUGUAUGAAGAACGUGCACUUCUGUUGGGGAAAAUGAAUCAACAUGAACUUGCACUAUCUAUUUAUGUGCACAAGCUUCAUGUUCCCGAACUUGCACUUUGUUAUUGUGAUCGGGUGUACGAGUCAGGACUUCAACAACAUUCGGCAAAAUCUUAUGGAAACAUUUACCUGACUCUACUGCAAAUCUAUCUCAAUCCCACAAAGACAACAAAAAAUUUUGAGAAGAAAAUUACUAAUCUGGUAUCAUCUCAGAGCCCUGGGAUUCCAAAAGUUGGUUCAGGAACUCCAGCAAAGGUAAAAGGAGGACGCUUCAAGAAAAUUGCUGAAAUCGAGGGCGCUGAGGACACACGAUUCAGUCCCAGUGGCACUGACAGUGGUAGGAGCGAUGGAGAUACAGAAGAUGCUGCCGAGGAAGGAGGUUCUACUAUUAUGCUAGAUCAGGUGCUGGAUCUUUUGAGCAAGAGGUGGGAUCGGAUCCAUGGGGCCCAAGCUCUGAAACUACUACCAAGGGACACUAAACUACAGAACUUGCUUCCAUUUCUUGCACCUCUUCUGAGGAAAUCCAGUGAAGCGUAUCGAAACUUUUCAGUGAUAAAAAGCUUGCGAGAAAGUGAAAACCUGCAGGUUAAAGAUGAACUGUAUAAUCAAAGAAAAGCAGUCUUGAAGAUCACAAGUGAUAGCAUGUGUUCUCUUUGCAACAAGAAGAUCGGCGCCAGUGUCUUUGCAGUCUAUCCUAAUGGUAAGACAAUUGUGCACUUUGUUUGCUUCAGAGAUUCACAGAAUAUGAAGGCAGUUGGAAGAGGCUCUCAGUCGAGGAAAAGAUGAUAACGAGAAGUUGGAUUUGGAUGAACUGAAUUUUUUGGGUGCUAUAUGUGGAAUUGAUCCCUUUUCUUCAUGUUAGCACCCUUAAAUACGUUCUGGGGCUUUAAGUUUUAAGUCGCCAUAAAGUCCUGAAAGUAGGAUACUUCUGCUCUCAGUCCGUGUUUCUGGAAGUGUUAUGGUGUGUGGGCAUGAUUAAUGCCAAGAGAUAUGAUGCGUGCUGGUGAUCCCAAGUGUUCAAGCAAAGAAUGAAAGUGCUUCUUACAAAGGUAUGUGUAAUACACAUCUUGUUGUAUAUUAUGUCAAAAUAUGGAAGUGAAUGUAACCGAUUUGAGGAUGUGUGAUGUCUGUGAUCAAGCUUGUAUUCGAGGUUGUGUGAUGUCUAUAUUAAAAAGGAUCGAAGCUUGUAUUCAAGGUGAUUUAUCACUUAUUUGUGAAGUGUGUGUUUGUAUGCAGUGUUUUAUUGCAACUCAGGCCGUGAAUGUUCAAUUAAUAUGCAAUAAUACACGAUUUUCUUUGUUGAUUGUA